CUAUACUUUAUAUUUUUAUGAAGAUCAUCUUGAGGAUAUCUUUAACAAAACUAUGGAUUCAUUUGGAGAGCAAAGACUUUAGAUUGGUGGUUAGUGGACCAGUCACCAGCAGAGAAAAGAAGAGGAGAAGAAGAAGAAGCUUGUGAUGGAUGUUAAAAUCCAAAAGGAGCAAAGACACAUGGACCAAACAGACCUGAAGAGACCACAAACCACGCCACGGUUUGGGUUUUGGCAGACUUACAGGAGCAACUGAGUGAGAAUAAGACACCAACAGACAGUGAGCAGUAAUGAGCAGGUGGUGAAGCCUGUGGUGAGCGUGUACCCGGCUGCACCCAGAGCCCACCAGGAGGAGAAGAGCUCCCUGCUGUGUGUGGCCUCAGCCAUGGUUCCUCCUCUGGUGAAGAUCUCCUGGAGAAGACAAAAGGAGCGUGGUGCUCCGGAGCAACUGCCCUCUGCUGACAGACAGCAGCUGAAGCUCACAGAGUCUGGAUGUACGGCCUCCAUCUUACAGAUCCAUCAGCAAGGGAUCAGCUUGUAUGAAUACCUCUGCAACGUGCAGCACGAGGGGGGCACAGAGGAGGCUCAGAUCCACACAGGUCCUACGAUUACAACACCAGAACCUACACCAGAACCUACACCAGAACCUACACCAGAACCUACACCAGAACCUACACCAGAACCUACACCAGAACCUACACCAUCACUGCCUCCAUCAUCUCCUCCAUCAGCUCCUCCAUCACUGCCUCCGUCACCUUCUGUCCCGUCUCAGUACGGGGUGAAGCUGCUCUUGCUGCAGUACACGCUGCUGACAGUGAAGAGUCUGGUGUUCUGCUGUGGACUCUUUCUGCUGACCGUCCUCAGAGACAAGUGACCGUCCACAAACUGCACACAUGCUGAUGACCAUAUUCCACUCAGCGUUUCUCUCCAUCAUGUCAUGAAUUCAUCUCAUACAGCUCUGUGAUGAUCAGAGUUGAAAUAUGAUCAUAGAAGCAGCUGCAGUGAAGAUGAGCACAUAUGUUGAGUAUAGUUUGAUCUCAGCUCUCUCUCUCUGCUGUGUAUUUGAAGUCAUUUGUUUUGUAUUAUAAUCUAAAAUCAUUGAGUGUCUGUAGAUAAUGUAGGAUUUAUGUGUUUCUCUGAUCUUGGGUUCUUUUUUAUCACAUCAUGCAGAGUACGGCUGGUUUGUCAAACUCUCAGUGGAGUAAAAAUCAGAGUCUUGAAAGAAGCUCACGCUCUCCUUUCACACACGGCCGAGAACAAAUGUAGAGGAGGAUAUAAAUAUAAGCUUUCACAUGAAGUAGGACCAAGUAGCUCAGCAUGGACAGAAGAAAAAGAAAGGUCUAAAUGUCAGUAAGUGUAGAUUUGUCCCCAGGUUUAUUGUAAAGCCCUCUCACAGUUCUUUCAGUGUGAGUUUGAAUCUUUACGCUGAUGACGCUGUCGUUUACAGGACAAAACAAAAAGAACAAACGGAGGCUGAAGGCUGAAUGUUGAAUCAAUAUAUUGUUUAUCUUUAUGUUCUAUCACAGUUAUUUUUAUAGUCAUUGGUUUGAAGUGAGGUUUUGUAGACUGAUAUUUUGUCAAACAUUUAAAUACAGGAUCACAAACUGCAGCACAAAGUAAUUCAACAUCUGUGUUUGUCUUUUUCUGAAGUCACACAGCUCACACUGAAACUCUGAUCUGAAGCCUGCUCAAAUGAAAUCAAAGCACAGAUUCAAAGAAAUGAUCUUUGUGUUGAUGUUGUUCAAAUGUACAUUUCACUGUCACUCUUAAAUAAAAGUCUGCAUAGAGUA